CAGAGAAAUCUGGACCUUGGUCGGGCGCAGUGCUAAGGGAAUUCAUUGUAACAAUGAGAAUAGUAGGACCUUCUUGAUCUAGGACCAGACACAGCUCAAGCACCGGGGCAGUUUCAGAACCAGAAACUAAAGGGAGUCAUGCCUAGCUAUCUAUCACCAGGUUGCCUAAGGUUCAAUGAUGCCACAUACAGAGAAAGAGUUGAAUGACCUUCUUAUUUGUAAAGAAAAAGAACUGAAAGAGCUCCAAGCUCAUCAAAUCCAUUUUCAGAAAACAUCACUGCAUGAAACCAGAAAGCAGCUUCAAGAAAUGCAUAGGAAAUUCAACAGUUUAAAGGAAGAUUUCACCUAUAACCUUAGAGUCUUAGAGGAGAGAGAUAGAGAGCUGCAACGCUACGAACGCUUGUUUAUACAGUUGAAAAUGGUUGAAAAUGCUAAAGAGGCAGAGGUUAGUGAUCUUAGAAUACAAGUGGAUAAGCUGCAGCAAACACUUGCCAAGGAAACAAAAAAGCAAGAGUCUCUGCAAUACCAAUACCAUCAAAAGCUUAAAGAACACCAGUUAGAGUUGGAGCGGCUUCACAGUUCUAAGGACUCUGAUAUCAAUCAUCAUCUUCAGGAAUAUGGGGAUAUGAAGCAGCAACUGGAGAGAAAACUGCAGGAAGUAGAAUGUGAACUUGCUUUGCAAAGACAGGAACUGCUAGCGGAAUUUGAUUCAGAAAUGAAAAAAAGAGAGCAUGAGUUUCGACGGAAAGUGGAUGAAAUGAGCAAUUUAGUUCUAUCUCAUGAGCUUAAGGUGAAGCUGUUGACCAAAGAAUUGGAGGCUUUGAAAGAGGCUGGGACAGAAGUGGCAGAAUCAUUGAAAAUGGCAGAAGCAAGAAACUUGGAGUUGGAGAAAGAAGUCAAAUGCAGGGAUUGGGAAAUAAAGGAUCUUGCAGCUGUGAAAGAUGCUCAGAUACGGGAUUUAGAAAGAAAAAUCGAUUCAGUACAGCUGAGCUGGAAAAAAGAAAAAGAAACAUUUGAGAGAAAGCACGCAGCUAUAGAUCACUUUGCCAGGGAAAAGGAUGCAUUACUUGCUUCAGUAAAGGAGACCCAUACUGAGCAGAUAUGGAAGUGGGAAAAUCAAGUCCGAGACCUGCAAAUAAAUAAGGAAACUUUGGAAACAGAACUGCGUCAGGCAGAAUGGAGGCAUACAGAUGAGUUGCGAGAGAAAGAGGCUGUCAUUGAAAAACUUCAACAAGAGCUGGAGGCACUGAAAACAAGCUGGGAUUCUCAAGUAGCUCAGAUAUCCAGGGAGACAGUUUCAAAAGACCUUCAGAUUCAAGCACUGCAACAAGAAGAGGUGAAGCUAAGAGCACAACUGUCUAGCAUACUGCAAGAUAUUGAAAGGUAUAAACAGCAGCUCUCAUUAGCAGCUGAGAGAGAAGAGAUUCUGGAAAGGGCUAAAGUGCAAAUAGUCCUGGACUGGCAGCGGCGUUACGAGAAUGCUGAAAGGAAUCAAUAUCAGAAAUCAGAGGCUCUAAUACAGAGCCUGUCAACAGCUAGGGACCAGGUUACUGCUGAACUACAGGAGAAGGAACAGAAAUUGCAUGAAAUGGAAAUGGUCCUUUCUGCUGUAACACUUGAGAGGGACCAAGCCGUUCAGGAAUUUCGAAAGCAUGGUCACACGCCAAAAGGAGUGAAACAGGAUACUGUAGGAACCACUGAACUAGGUUUUCCUUCUGCUGAUAUAAAGAGCUUACAAGAGCAAAACAGUACCUUGCGAUCUGUUAUUGCAGAAAUGAGGAGAGAAAUGGAGACCCUUAAUAUUCAGGCACUUUCAUCUGACCAAAGCAAAAUGGAAGCACAAGAUGCUGACUAUGUUCAAUCCUUGGAAGAGGAGAUCAGAGUAUUGAAGAAAAAAUGUGAAGACAUGGACAAACAAUAUGAAGAUGCACCUGAAGUUCAUGGAAAGCUAUUUGUAUCUUCUCUGAAAUCAUCCAGUUGUGAUAAAAAUACUCAGACUUCCUACCACAUUACCAUUGGACAAGACAGUACAUUGCAUCCAGAUGAAGUUACUACCAAGAAUUCUUUGGAAAGGCAAAGCAUAAAGAAAAAUCCUCAGAUGGAUUCAGUGAGAACACAAGAAACACAAGUGAAUUUAGUGACCAGGAAGCUUCAGGAGGACUCUGUACAUCUUAGGCAACAGUUAUUUGGCAUGGAGGCUGGUGAUGGACCCCAUCAACUUAUAGGAAAUCAUGCACAAGUGAGGCAAGGUAGAUUGAAGGAAGCUGUGAGAAAGAUCUGCAGUUUGAGCAAAGAGAAGCAUCAGCUACUAGAGAUGGUAAACAGACUAAGAGCAGAACUUGGAGCAGCUUCAAAGGAAGGAUUUCUAGGCUCUCAGGACUUCAAGAUUUCAAAGCAUCCUCAGGGUCACACUUCCUCUUGUGCCCUACAUCCUAAAGAACUUGUCAGGGAGACUAAGCACCGUCUUCUGGCUUUAGAGCACCUCCAGUACCAGCUUACGACACAGGAGUUACAGUAUGCGCAGAGAAAGCAUGCCCCAGGAAAGUGUCCUUAUUUUGUUGAGAACUUAAAUACCGAAAAUCUCCCGAGAAGCAGCAGCUGUAGUGAAGAAGCAGAAACCCCUAUGAAACAGGUUCAGUCAGAAUCAAUUGUUGGAAAUCGUGUUGCAGAUUACCCAAGGCAUGAAACCUUAGUUCCACACCAGUCUCAACUACUUACAAAAGAAAGUCCCAGCCAACUCCAGCAAGGCCUGUUGUCACCAUCUGGUACUGCUGGCUCCCUGGAGGAAAUCUGGCAGAUUCUAGAGAUGGGAUCAAGCCCUUCUAUUCUCAGCCCCCAAAGCAACAAAGAGCAAGAGAAAUCCCAGGUUAUCCAUGAACCAAAAAGACUUGAAGACUCUCAGGAAGAAGCCCACACAGAAAGAGUACCAGCAGCUGCCUUGACUGUCAGAGGGACUAAGUUUGAAGUUCAGACAAAGCAAAACCCAAACAAGUCAUCUUACAACCGAUCCAGAAAGCCCCACACUCCCCAGCGAAUGGCCAAAAUCCGAAACUACAACAUAAAGGAUUAGAUUUUCAGUGAAGUAGAAAUUUUUAUAUCU